AUGCCACGUCCUAAGCCCUCGGGGCUGCGAGCCCAGCAACCACGACAAGCAAAGCACAGGGCUUUGGAAUCGGUACCUCCUCCAUCGCAGCCGUUGAACGCGUUGGUCGAGGCGCAACCUCUGUCACUAUCGCAGCCGUCACAACUCUCGCCCGAGUCGCAGGAAGGCGCGAAUGGGAGUGGCAGCGUCGACUGGGACCUCUUCGCGACGGUCUUGUCAAAGACUGCGCGUGAUCAUGAGCGUCGAAAGCGGCUCACUCCGCGCAAAAGCCAGCCAAACUCGCAGACAACCCCCGUGCGCCGUCCUCAUACCCAAGACAGCACACCUCAGCAGCAAUGGGAGGAUGACGACCUUCCCAGCGCCAACGACACGCAGUUCGCGCCGUAUCGAGAGUCGGAAGAUUUUCCCUCCCCAAGCGGCUCUCAGUUUGGUGAUGCGCUCCCAGCGGUGGAUGACAGCCAGUUUGACGAGACGGCUCGACCGCGGCGUCGUGCAAUUCCUUUGCCCGAGACCAUCGACGAGGAUAAGUUAGAGGGGGAAGACGGCCUGCCCGAGGUGGAUGACUCCCAGUUUCAAGAGACGACACGACCACAUCCCCGCCGCACCCCUCACUCGACCGAGAAUGAAGAAGACCAACUUCCCAGCCGUGCCAGCGUGCAGGUCAAAGAAGAGGAGGGAACGCCCCGGCCGAAGGAUGAGCGGUUCUCGGUCGCCGAGUUCGAGAGCUACCAGGAGGAUAACCCCGCAGACUUCGAGGAGGACGAUCCGGAUUUGCGGCCAGAACGGGGCCUCUCGGACGAGGCCGAUGACAUCAAAGAGGAGGACGAUCUCCCGAGCCCCAACGAUUCGCAGUUUGAAGAGACAACGCGCAUAAGACCCGAGCGCAGCGUUGAGGACGAUGAGGACGAUGAGGAUGAGCUGUCUAGCCCCUCUGACUCGCAGUCCAAAGUUGUCUCUCGCGAAGAAGAGUUGCAGGACGAGGAAGACUCGUUUCCGGACCCCACCGACUCGCAGUUUGAACAGACUUUCGCUCGUGAACAGCCAGACGACGAGCUGCUCUUUGACGAAGCGGAAUCGCUGAACGAGCAGGCGGAGCAGCCGAGGCAACGACAGAAAACCUCGGGCGAGAGCGCCGAGAUCGCUGCGACUGAGGCGGUAUUGAGCACCGAGGCGGGAGAGGGGGAUCAGCAGGAGGAAGGGGAGACUGUGAUGGUGCAGACGCCCGUUGAGCAGGCGCCCGACGAGCAGGCACAGGCAGCCGUCGAGCGGACGCGGGUCGAGCGCGUUGAGAUUGUUGCAGAGCAGCUCACCGAGCGCGUCGAAGUUGUUGCAGAGCAGCUCCCCGAGCGCAUUGAGGUGGACCAAGCCAUGCCUCUCGAACGACCUGAGUCACCGGUCGAGGGUGUUGUUGAUGAUCCUCAGCCAGGAUCACCUGAAGCGGGAGCCGUCUUGACUGCUCCAGCCGCUCCUCAACCCAUCCCGCCUGUCCCUCAGCUCGUCUCGGCCCGCGUUAGGCGCGACCGCGACGACCCAACUGAAUUCCUCCCACCCGAUGAGGAGGAUCUCACAGAGGCAGAGCGGCGUGGUGAAGUGCGUCAGACCCCUCAGCCUCGUGGCGUUCUGCGCGGUCCCCGUCGACCACGACGCAGCCGGCAGACAGACGUUCAAAGUCUGGAAACUCACGUCACCCAACCUGAACCAGUUGUUUCUGAGGAGCAUCCCCUCAUGGAGAUUGACGCAUAUGACGUAGAGCUUCAAGACGCGCGGCGGGACGCUCUGGAGCCUGAUUUCGAUCCUCCUCCGGACAGCUUUCACCGACCGCCACGCCACGCCACCCGUGACGCCCAACAUGGAGCGCGCCGAGACAAUGAGCGGCUCAACAACUCAGUUCCCGACGAGGAUAUUAAUAACCCGGCCACCGCGCCGCUCCAAGUUCCCUCCCAGCGCGUGCCUGAAGACUUGUAUCUCGUCGAUGAGCGCGGCCGGCCGCUCCGCCCCAACGAGGCGUAUGUCGUGCCCCCCGACUGGGCGCCGCCCAGGUCGGUGAUCCACGGCCAGAAGAACGGCCAUGUCUACCGAUACUCACGCCUGAAUGGGCGCCAUAUGCGCUGGACGGUCCCCGAGUCCCUCCUCCUCUGGCGCACGAUUCAACAGGUGCCAAUGAGCGUCGAGAACCCUAUCGAUGUUGUCGUCUACUUCUACGGCGAGUUUGGCGUGCGCAACCAGUCGCUCGCAUGGUACAACAAGCAGCACAUGCGCUCGCGCCUCGUAACUAUGUGCGAGACCCGCGUGAAUCGCAAGUUGCCAAUCGAGCUGCGUGCGCGCAUGUUUCUGCCGCGCUCCGAUCCCAGGCGCAUGGAGUAUGAGAAGGACAAGGUGGCAUACCAGGCCGCUGAGGCUGAGCGGUUGGCCAUCAAGGCGGAGGAGUCGAGCGACGAGGAGAUGAUGUCUGACGGCGGAAGGACGGACGACCGCGACGAGGACGACCUCGGCGACGAAAACGAGUUCCGCGGUGAAGCCGACUUCCGUGUGGAGGAGGACUUCCGCAUAGAGGAGGAGGACGAGCUGGACGACUCACCACCCCCACCACAACCCAAGCGCCGCCGCGUAGAGCGAGACCCGCACGAGCGUGAGCACAUGGAGCGUGUCGAGCGCGAGCGCAUGCCUAUAGACCGCGCCGAGCGUGAACGUGAUCGUGAGCGUGUGCGCAAGCCAGUGAACCGCGCAUACGUUGAGAUUCCCGUUCGCCGGCGGAGACAAACCGUGAGUAGCCCCGCCGCCAGAGAUGAAGAUCGAUCCCGGGGCUCGCGACGAGACGAUGGUACAUCACGCCGCGCCCAGCGACCUGAGAAGAAUGUACUGCAUUUCUACCGCCGCAAGCAUGCCGAUUUUGCCCAUCUCCCGCCCUUCGAUGUGCCCUCCCCGCCCCAAUCGGCCACUCCAUCCGAGCAGGAGCUCGAACCCGAGUCCGAGCCCGAGCCGCCACGCCGCCAGUCCGCACCGGGACGAAUGCGAAGAGCACGCCCCCGUUCCUCACGGCGAACAGCAUUCGACGAUCUCAUGGAAGAGAGCGACGAGGGCGAGGCCCAACCUGAGGUAGAGCAGGCUGCUGAGCGUCCGGAGUCGGAGGACGAAAUUCGAGGGUUCUCGGAGCUGCCCGACCUCGAGUCGGAGGAAGACGAGGCCCCUCCUCCGCGCGAUGAGACGCCGUACUUUGAGGCGCCCGAGCAGUCUGACAAGGAGGCCUCCCGCCGACGCAUGCCUGCGCCGCCGAGAGCCAUGCCGCGCUCGUCCACCCGCUCAGCACGCAGAGUGACGCGCAGCGCCGCCAACCCGCGCUCCUCGCCGCCACAUGACGCGCCGUCGCCCUCUCUGUCCCGGCGCGCGAAGCACGUCGUGUCCUACAAACAGGCCGAGCCGGCGGACGAUAAAGCCGGCGGCGAGACGGACAAGCGGCGCAGGCGGGCCGACGAGAGAUACAGCGGCGUAGAGGCGCCGGAGGAGUCGUACGAGCCGUCGUCGGACGCUGAGGGUGACGGGAGCGAGGACGAGGCGCGUCCAUCGGAGGAGCUACGUACGGCGGAUACAACGCGCCAAACCCGUCGGCUGACGCGCUCAUCCCAAGCCCCGGCUGAAGACGAGCUACCCGCACGCCCAACUCGGCGGACGCGUGCAUCUCAAGCCCCCGAGGAGUUCCCCACGCGCCAGACAGGCCGGCGCACGCGCUCUUCGCAAGCUCAGCCUGAGGCACCGACACAGAACGCUCGGCGCACACGCUCAUCGCAAGCUCCGCAGGAGCUACCCGCGCGCCAGAUGGGACGGAGAACGCGUGCUUCCCAUGCUCUAUCUGAGGACGAGGUGCCGCGCCAGAUGGGGCGGCGCACCCGCGCAUCCCCGGCCCCAGUGAAGGAAGAGGAAGUGCAUCAGGGGCGGAGCGUGGCGCGACGCAACGCUGGUUCCUCGCGGACACGUCAGGGCAAGGCGCGCGCAAUUAGCGUGGACGAGGAGGUUCGUCUUCCUGCUGAGGAUGAUGCUGGAGACAUUCUCGAGGUAGAGGAAGACGACGCGCAGGAGACGGAGGCGCAGGAGACGCAGACACGGGAAGGGGUAGAUGAGAUGGGGACGCAGGAUGUAGGUGGGGAGACGGGCGGGGAGAUUGGCGAGAAGACGGGCGAGGAAACGCAGGAUGCGUCGCUCGUCGUCCGCCGCGAGCUCAUCAAGCAGAAGGUGCUGCGAGGUGAAUGA